AUGGCCUACUGGAGCCGCAUUGAACGUACUCGCGGCAGAAUCCACGUUGGAGGAGCUUCUCGAACAAGGAGUGGGAAUGAUAUUCAUUCUAACCAUCGCCAUUCUCGAUGGUGUCCGGUUCACGGUCCGCCCAUGCGCGAUUGUCUCAAAAAUCUUCCUGUGACCACAGUUUCGUUCACUUCUAGCGGCAAUAUUUACGAAUUGAAUGACCCCGUUCGUCUUUUGCCGUGCCAUCAUUUCUUUCAUAAAAGCUGUAUCGACACGUGGCUGAAUCAGGCCGAUAACUGUCCAACUUGCCGAGGAGAUGUGAGGUCACUGUAUAGAGACCUCGUGAAUAUGGCAGCUGUCCAAAGACCAUCAAAUCGUCAGGAGGAAGCGGGGAUUCUUAUCGAGGCUCAAGAAACUCGCACAACCCUAUCAAGAUGUCAGAGUGUUCAGAGCAUGAGUCAACAACAUGUCGACUCGGGUCAAGAAAACUUAAGUCCUCAGGACUCGAUAUACGUAUUCGAAUUGAGCAAUCUAAGCCUUAGUGAUUCAGAACGGAUGCAAGGUUCAUCUCGGAGACGUGCUGCUUCUACUGCUACUACAGCUGGAGGCCGAGGAUAUCCGACCGAUCCAGUUCGGCGCCACGCUGUUCAGGCUGCAGAGCGACGCCGCUACAACCCAGUUUAUCAUUUAUGA